UACAAAUUAAAUGUCAGUUAGAGCAAAAUAAGUAAAAGGAGUAUCAAAAACGCUGUAUUUUAAGAUUAAAACAUUUAAAUGAAUUAAACAGCAAUGAAUUCUAAUAUAAUUACACGGUAUGGGAAUGCGAUAUGCGAAGGCUGUUUAAGCAUAGAUAGAAAAUUGACCACAAUAACAGAUGCAGACAAUUUGAAAAUAUAUUUCGAUCUACUUGAAGAAAAUCAAAUAAAUGAACUCAUAUUGUGUUGGGAAUGUAAAGCUAAUGUCCGCAAACUGGCAACAUUUAGGCGGCAAGUUAAAAAAGCACAUAACACUCUGCUUAAUCAUUUGAUAAAUGAAUCUAUGAAUUUAACAUCAUUAACCAAACUGUCGAUAUUACGAUUAGAUCCAUUAAAUAUUGACACAGAGAAUCCAUUAAUGGAUUCAUUAAUGGAUACAGAACAGAUACAACCCAUGACAUUUGUUAAACUUGAAAGUCCACAAAAUGUGUCAAUGGAGUCUGAAGAUUGUGAUUUGGAUAUUAAGUUGGACACAACAGAUCCAUUUAUAACAAAAGAAAACUGUCAUUCUGAUGAAGAGCCAUUGACAAAUAAAAAAACAACAAGAAAAAAAGUUGGGAAAAAUCCUAAAAAAAAUAAAAGUACCUCAAAAAAGAACCGUACAAAAGAUAAAAAAGAUAAAGAAAAAAAAGAAAUAUCACAUGGCGGUGAAGUCAUUAAAUAUACGAUGCAUUCAAUAAAAACACUAAAACGCUUAAAUAUGGUUGAUAAUGAAUAUAUGCAAUUGGUUGUUUUAACAUGGGAAGAGGUACAAGAAGAACGUCAAAAAGCUUUAGAAAGUGAUACAUUCAAGAAGAUGCUGUAUCGAUGCUACGAUUGUGUGCUUGGAUUUAAUCAUAAGUUCAAAUUGGAUAAUCAUAUGAAGAAACAUGAACCAGAAUAUGGUCCUGAAGUUUGCAACAUUUGUAACAUCAGAUGCAAGCAUGCAUCCGCUCUCGUCGCUCAUAAGAAGAGACAUCAAGUCAAAUGGCGCUGCAGUGCGUGCGGAGGCGCGUGGUCGCGGGCGAGCGUGGCGGCUGACCACGUGUCGCGCGCGCACCACGCCGCCAACCCCACACACCAAUGUUCACUUUGCACACAACACUUCCCUACAUUAAACAAGCUUCGUUUACAUAUGAAGCAACAUUCGGAACGCGUGAAAUGCGACCAGUGUGACAAGACCUUUGUGGAUCGCAGCGCCAUGAGGAAUCAUCUCUUUAUCCACAUGGGUGAUAAAGAAUUCUCGUGCCCGCAUUGUGAUAAGAAGUUCCUGUUCAAGCGCGCUAUGGAGGUGCACCGCGCCACUCAUGACCCUGAUGCAAGGAUAUACUGUUAUAGUUGUGAUUUAAGCUUCAAGAAUGAGAUGUCAUAUAAACAGCAUAUGUUGUACAGUCUCAAACAUGUCGAUCCAUCUAGACUUAAGUACGCGUGCGAGUUGUGCGACAAGAGGUUCGUGAAAGCCAAGCGUCUAGAGGAGCAUCACAUAGCCGUGCAUCUAAAAGCAACUCCAGUCAAAUGCACCGCGCCUGGAUGUAAUUUUGCGUGCUCGUCUCGUCCAGUACUGCGCACACACACGCGCAUGUUGCAUCGCAACGCGCGCGCGCGACGCGACCAUGUCUGUCAUCUCUGCGGCAAGACGUACACGAGUAAGGCAGCACUCCAAGGUCACUUGCGAGCUCACAGCGGGGAGAGGCCGCUGCGCUGCGCACGUUGUCCUGCUGCCUUCGGGUACCCUGCUGCACUGUACAACCAUACCCGUCUCGUACAUCUCGGACAUGCGAGUGGAAGAAAUAAGACAAAUGAGGUAUCGCAAACAGUAACAGAGGCGACACUAGCGCCACUCACAGCGGAGCAUGUUGACUCAAGGUCGAUGUGGUCUCUUACACCAACUGUUGAAAUAUUACAGCAACCAACUGAUACUUUACCGAGUUAAUUAAUGUGUUAUUAUUUUAACUUAAUUUAUAAAAGUUUAAACUGCA